UGUCACUUGUAGCGACUAUUAAAGUUUUGCUUGUUGAAAAGAGAAACGCCAGUCUUUGCGCAUGCGCACUGCAACGCUGGAAGCCCACGUGUAUAGCUGCAAGAUGUCUGAAGCCGGGGGACACGAGUUGGACAGUGAGCAGGUAAAGAAAGCCGUACAGGCCCUUCUUGCUUAUCAGAAAAAGAAAGAAGAUGGUAAUGUCUUACUCUUAAAUGAGCACGACCGUAUAUCUUUGAUGUUAACCGUAUGGAGAAUCCCCUCUCGUGAACAAACUAUCAGAAUCCCCCUUCCUCAUGCUAUACGACCUGAAGCGUGUGAUGUUUGCCUUUUCACAAGAGAUGAACCUAACAUGACAUCAGAACAGACUGAGAAGUUCUACAAAAAAUUACUCAGUCAGCAUGGUAUAAAACAAAUAAGUGAGGUCAUUUCACUCAACAGACUGAAAAAGGAAUAUAAACCGUAUGAAGCAAAGCGUCGUUUGCUGGCCAGUUUUGAUCUGUUCCUUUCUGACGACCGAAUCAGACGAUUCUUGCCAUCCCUCCUGGGGAAACAUUUUUACAAGGCUAAAAGGGAGCCCCAGUCGGUGAACUUGAAAUCAAAGUAUUUGGCAGCGCUGCUAAACCGCUUCAUCCAAGGAACCCAGCUUCAUAUUAAUAACAAGGGCUGUUGCUAUUCAAUCCGUGUUGGUCAUACUGACAUGAAGGUUGAUGACAUUGUUGAGAACGCCGUUGCUGUUGCAAAAGUCCUUGCAGAGAAGCUGCCAAUGAAAUGGAAGAGUGUUAAAGUGCUUCACUUGAAAACUCAGACAUCAGUGGCCCUGCCUGUCUUUAACUCUCCUCUCAGUAAUAUUCACGAGAUCAAUCUCUUGUUAAAAAAAAACAAGAAAAAGAAGCAAAGGAAGUCUGAUAAGAAAGCCAAGUCGGUUUCACCAGGCUCUGGGGUAACAUCUGAUGCUUCAGCAACCGUCCAAGAAGAAAGUGAAGCCUCUUUUGCAGAAAUAAAUGAGCCUGAUGAUGUGGAAGAAGAGAUUCCACAGCUGAUCCCUAUCCAGUUGCCUACAAAAGAAGAAGAAGAAAUAAAGACCAUCAGCUCCAGCAAAAAGAAAACCCCUAAAGUGCAAGCAAAGGAAAACACAAAUGUGACCAAGGAAAAUGUCAUCUUAACACCAAAGGCUGCUGGACAGAAGCGCAGAGUCAGUACAAAAAAAGGUGACAUUUUGGAAACGCCAACUAAGCAGAAAAAAGUCCAAACUCCAAAACGAGAUAGAGGGCAAGAGACAAAACCUGAAGGAGAUGUCAUUAAAAAGACUCCCAAAGCAGUUUCGAAGCCUACGAUUAAACUCUCCAAGUCAGCCAAAAAAGCACCCCAGACACCAAAACUAAAACAGAAAAAGAAAAUGAAGAUACCACAGUCUGCAUAACGAUUUCCAACAAUACUGGCUCCAUGGUUCUCCACUAAAGCAGCUGCAGUUGCUCCAGCUGUUGUAUAAUUGCUGUUGAUGAGAGAGAGAUAUGAUUCACCAUCACUUAAAGAAUUGCUCACUGCCUCUCUGGACCAUUUUGAAUAAGCCGUUCAUUUAUGAUUUUUCUAUCUUUGAUAAAAUGUUAAUUUUAUAAAUGAAUAUAAACAAAUAUGUUGUUCUCUUCGUGCUGUAUGAAAUCUGAAGUCUGAUUUAUGACAAUGUCUUGCCUGUCUAGUUACAUAAAUAACUGCUAUUAAUCUUUCAUCAUUGUAUAGUAGUACUGUGUAACAAGUUUUCUUUAAGUGCAUGGCCCAAACUUCACAUGAACUUACAAAACUUCAGUCCCUUCAAUAAGUUUAGAGGAUAAAUUAGAAUGCAGAUAUCCAUUCCAUUUUUUUUAUAGAAUAUCCUUCCAGGAGGCAUGUGUAUUAGGGGAGUUACAGUUCAACAUCUUUUGGAAACCCCACUUUUAUUCACACACGUUUUCGAUUAUAGAUGAGCCUUAUAUCAGGACAUCGUAUAUUGGAAACAAUUAAAAGAUACAAAUCUUAA